ACAACAAUUGCCGAUUCUGCAGUGAAAGUCAGCGUUGCGUUCAGUUCUGGGAUUGAAUAAUUUAUCCUGGAUUUUUAUUCUCUCACAUUGCAAACAUACUAAGCUAAUAGUGAAACUAUUACAGUCAUACCUGCAUGUGUGAGUUAGCAAGACAGCUAAAGACAUUAAACUCGUAUUAUGAAGACAUUUGGAGCUGUUUUAUUGUUUUAAGUCUAACAACCAGUACAAAACAGCAAAAGUAAGUGUGUUAUCUCAAGCCAACCCGACACCAGUGGCCGUUGAUGGAGUUUGGGCGCACACAGUAACCUCACUGAGGUGUCCUGGAGGAGAAAUUUACCUUUAACUGAGAUUUGUUAAGCAUGGAGUCAUGUUUGAGGUUUGUGUGUCGAGAAAGUCUCAGGAAAGUGUCAGUGAAAUGCUGCUGGACGUGGAGAGCCGUGAAGAGCUCAAGAUCACCUUUCAAACGCCCUCUUACAUCAAUAUGUGGCCGAGCACAUCACAGCAUAAUACAACUGAGAGCUCAGGGAAACUACCUUUCCAGUCGCCAAAGAGUUACAGAUGCAUCUCAGGCAGCUCUGUCUAGUGUUGCACCAGUCUUUGUGGUGAUGAAGUUUGAGCCGGAUGGAAAUGUGACCUCAUUUGAAAAGAAGAAAACAGAGUUGUAUCAAGAGCUUGGUUUGCAGGCGAGAGAUCUGCGAUUCCAGCAUUUAACAAGUAUCACAGCACGAAACAAUGCCAUCAUCAUACGUAUGGAGUCCCUCAAAGCAGUGGUUACUCCGGAGAGUUUGCUGGUGCUGGAUUUCCGUGGACUUGGUCUGGAGAAAUGGCUGGUUUUAGAACUUGGGCCGCAGUUGGCAGGAGAUGGAAAUUUGGCUACUUACUCCCUGCCAUUUGAGUUCAGAGCUCUGGAAGCCAUUCUGCAACACAGGGUAAAUGUGCUGCAGGCACAGCUGAAUGAAGUUCAGCCUCAGAUUUGGGAUUGUCUGGAGUCUUUGGUCGACCCAAAGCUCCUCUCUGCUGACCGCAGCAAACUGCAUAUGCUUCUGCUUAAUAGCAAAAGCCUGUCAGAGCUGGAGACGGACAUUAAAGUGUUUAAAGACAGUCUUCUCAAGAUCUUGGAUGAGGAUGAACUGAUAGAUGAACUCUGUCUCACCAAGUGGACCGACCCACGAGUGUUUGAGGAGAGUAGUCUGGGAAUAGAUCAUGCAGAAGAGAUGGAGUUACUGCUGGAGAAUUACUACAUGCAGGCAGAGGAGCUGGGCAACAAAGCACGAGAGCUGAAAGGCCUCAUUGAUGACUCUGAAAGUGUCAUCUUCAUUAACCUUGAUAGCCACCGGAAUGUCAUGAUGCGGCUGAACCUCCAGCUCACCAUGGGAACAUUUUCCCUCUCCUUAUUUGGUCUGAUGGGUGUGGCCUUUGGCAUGAAUCUGGAGUCUUCCUUUGAAGAGGACCCGCGUGUGUUUUGGUUGGUGACAGGGUUAAUGUUCCUGGGCAGUGGACUUAUCUGGAGAAGACUGCUCUCUUUCCUGGGCCGACACUUAGAACCUAGCUCACCACCUCCAAUCCCCCCUGUUUGGAGGAAAAACCAAAUCGGCACCUUAAAACCCACAGACAUUAAACCAGGAAUAAGAUGAUGGCGUGAACGAUUGUUUUUUCUACCUCUUUUCUUCUCUCUCUCACUCUUUCUUCUUGCUCAGUCACUUGCUGUAUCUCUCACUUUUUAUGCAUACUGCAUUUCUCAGCAUUAUGUGCCACUCACCUCAGUCUAAUUCAAAAUGACUUUUAUCUGUCCAGGUACUACAUGGUAUUAUGUAGACAGUUUUUAUUUUGCCCUGUGAAAUUUGUCUUCAUGUAUGUUAUUGGGUAAUCUCUGUAUUUAUUGUUGUGAAUAUCAUUAUGAUAUAAUGCAGAAAUUGGCUGUGUGCACCUUUUAUUGACUGUUGUGUGUGACAUUUUUGCAAAGAACAAAAUUUUCUUCCACUAACAAUGGUCAGAAAUUAGGGGGGCUCAGGUCAAAAUGCCUCUAAAAUUCAAAGUGUGGGUGCAAAAAAUACAUUCUUUUUUUAUUUAUUUUUUUGUUACAUCUGAUAUAGUCCUUAAUAUUCUAUUAUGGUCAUUGUUUUAAUAAUAAUAAUUCCUUACAUUUGUAUACCGCUUUUCUAGGCACUAAAAGCACUUUACAUAGUAUAGGGGAAAUCUCCUGAACCACCACCAGUGUGUAGCAUCCACAUGGAUGAUGCGACGGCAGCAAUAGUGCACCAGAACACCUACCACACACUAGCUAUUGGUGAAGAGUAGAGUGAUGUAGCCAAUUCAGGGGUGGGGAUUUUUAGGAGGCCAUGACAGAUAAGGGCCAAUGGGGGAAUUUGGCCAGAACACCAGGGUUAUACCCCUACUCUUUACGAGAAGUGCCCUGGGAUUUUUAAUAACCACAGAGAGUAAGGACUUAGGUUUAAGGUCUCAUCCGAAGGAUGGUAUGCAUAUUAUGGCAAUUGGUUGAAGUUGAUUUAAUUGGUAAUGCAUUCUCAAUAUUCAUUUUUUUGUAUUAAUAUAUUUGAUAUUAAAGGAUGAGACCGUUUUAAAUGUUUUUUAAGAAAAUGCCCUCAUAAAGAUAAAUCUUUCCUGAACCAUAAAUCCAAAGAGCGAGUAUUGCCCCUUAAUGUAAAACGUCAUUUCUGUUACUGCCGCUAACUUGUUUUCCCUGCUUAUACCAAAGAGCCACAGAUAAAUAUGAAUAGAUAACUUUAAUAAAACAUAAAUGUCGAUUUGUGUGGGCUCUUUAUUUGAGGGAACUAGAAUAAAACAUUACAGUUUGUGUUCA